AUGAGCCGAUAUACAAGUCCGGUGAACCCGGCAGUGUUCCCGCACCUCACGGUUGUCCUAAUGGCAAUCGGGAUGUUUUUCACAGCUUGGUUCUUUGUAUAUGAGGUGACAUCAACAAAAUACACAAGAGACGUGUACAAGGAGCUGCUGAUCUCAUUGGUAGCCUCACUCUUCAUGGGAUUUGGGGUCUUAUUUCUUCUCUUGUGGGUUGGAAUCUACGUGUGA